CCGCCGCUGCAGAGCGACGCUGCCAGGGAAACACACACGCACGCGCACACACACACAUGUAGACAUUUAAGGGUCCAGAUUUCAGCAGCCUCCUCACACACACUCACACGGCUCCGUGACCCGGCCGUCGGCGAUGGCUCCCCGCCUCUUCGGUGAGCGGCGGCUGUAGCAGCACCUUCAGCGGGACAGUCGGGUCAGGAAUAACCCGGCUGGACAGAGAGGAGAGCGCCACAGCUGCGGCGUGUGUGUGUAGUCCAGGGCAAUCAUGCCACUGGUGAAGCGGAGUAUCGAGCCCAGGCACCUCUGCCGGGGGGCGCUGCCUGAGGGGGUGACCAGUGAGCUGGAGUGUGUGACCAACAGUACUUUGGCUGCCAUCAUCAAACAGCUGGGAGGACUCAGUAGACAUGCAGAGGACAUCUUUGGGGAGCUGUUCAAUGAAGCUAACAGCUUCUAUAUGCGUAUGAACAGCUUACAGGAGAAAGUGGACCUGUUGGCGGUCAAGGUUACACAACUGGACUCCACUGUUGAAGAGGUGUCCCUGCAGGACAUCAACAUGAGGAAGGCCUUCAAGAGCUCCACCAUUCAGGACCAACAGGUGGUCUCCAGAAACUCCAUCCUGAACUCAGUCAUGGAGAUGUAUCAACGCUGUGACAAACCACCUCCUCUCAACAUCCUUACUCCAUACAGAGACGACAAGAAGGAUGGCCUCAAGUUCUACACAGAUCCUUCAUACUUCUUCGACCUGUGGAAGGAAAAGAUGCUGCAGGCCACCGAGAACAAGAGGAAGGAGAAGAGACGACAGAAGCAAGAGCAGAAACACCUAGAAGACCCCACUCGGGAGGUGAAGAAAGUGCGGAAAGCUCGGAAUCGUCGACAGGAGUGGAACAUGAUGGCGUAUGACAAAGAAUUCCGUCCAGACACUCGCCUCACGCCGUCCCCCUACCACGGCAUUUCGUCUGAGGGCUCUUUAUCUCCUGACAGGUCUGGUAUGUCAGAUGAGCAUUCCUAUCCUGCCAGCCCUAAUCACCCUCAGGACAUGGGUGGAGCAGGGGCUGAGGGAAAAGAUUCUGGCCCGACUCAGACUCAGUCUCUGGACCGUGCUUACCGCCCUCCUGCCUCUGCCGCUGCUGCAGCUGCCCGUCAGCACUCUCUGGGCCGCGUGCAGCAGCACCACGGAGCUCUGCCCCCAGACUCCUCCCUCAACGGCCCACGACCUACAGCUGCCAAAGAAUACAGUGGUCAUCAGAUGCCAGAGCACUUUGUUCCUCCUGCACCUCCUCCCCCUCCCCCAUUGAUCCCCUCUGCUCAGACCGCCUUCGACAGCACCUCCGGACCUCCAGCCCUGGCCCCUGGCACAGUGGCUGCUCUGUCCCGCCCCUACAGCCCAUCUCCUCCCCCUGCCCCGCCCUCAGCAUACGCCCCCUCACCGUCCCACCCUGUGAGCUGUGGACCCCCAGUCGCUCCACCUCCUCCCCCUCCAGGACCCCCAACCCACGCUCCAUCUCCAGCCAGAGCUGCCACACACGUGUCUGGAGAGGCCACGCUGCCCAGGAAGGGCCAGGUGCCUCUAAUCCCCAUGAGCGACGCCCGCAGCGACCUGCUGGCUGCCAUCCGCAGAGGCAUCCAGCUGCGGAAGGUGCAGGAGCAGAGAGAGCAGGAAGCUAAGAAGGAGCCAGUGGGCAACGAUGUGGCCACCAUCCUGUCCCGCCGCAUCGCCGUCGAAUACAGCGAGUCGGACGAGGAAUCAGAGCCUGAGGAGAACGAGUGGUCUGACUGAGGUGGGCAGAGUCUGCCACCGCUCGCUGUCCCAUACAUGCUGCUGCUAAUUUCACAUUACCAGGUCACACACACUUUCCUCAUACAGAUGGACAUCCUCUCAAGAAUGAGGAGUAUAAAAGAAAGAAGCAAAGCUGGAAAUAAAGGAGUGUAAGAAAAGUAGGAGUGACUGAAACAGAGGAGAGGAGAGGAGAAGAUAGGAGAGGAGAAGACACAGGGCUUGCGUGCAAUAAACAAGAAAAAGUAUUAAGAAAGUGUGGAAGAAAGAAGGAAAGAAGGGAAAGGAAGGAAAAAGAAAGAUGAGCACUGAAAAAAGGAAUGCAAAUGUAUUUGUUUCAAAUAUAUAUAUAAUUUUCACAUUAAUAAAAUAAAUCGCAUUUAUAUUGCAUUACAAAUAUAAUAAUAUGUUUAGAUUUCAUAUUUAUGCCGCAGUUAGUUCCGACCUUGCAGUGUGGCUGACAGGCAUUCUGUGAGCGCCAGUGUCUUCUGACCAAAUCUCUCAAGUAUCACUUCACCUUAUUCACAUGUAACCCAGGCCCACCAGCCACUGUAGAAAAGUAAUAGCUGUAAAAAAAAAAAAAAAACGUAACAGGUUUAAAAUUACAAGUAAGAAGUCUGACGAAAUGAAUCAAAGAUCAUUU